AUGGAUUUAAGUGCGUUUCAAGGUCUUCGUUCUCCAUCGCUAAGCGAGCAGCUAGCAACAGUAGUAUCAACAGCUAGUCUUGUCAAAGCUAAUCCAUUUCCAAUGUGUGUCAACACAAUCGUCGUUAGGCUUGCGGAUGCAUUUAAGGACGGCUCAAAUCCUCUUCGUAUGACUAUUGCUCGUGUUCUAUCAGAAUGCGAUUCGCAUUUAUCGCUAGUGUUUUCUGGAAGCGAAAUAUUCAAGCGCUUUCUUUCCGUUUCUCAUUCUAACGAUCCCGUUGCGCGAGCAAUGACGUUGCAGGUACUAGCUAGCCUUGCACCUGUUUCGCCUGAGAGUAAGCAGGUACACCACUUAAUCGUGGAAUCUAUGACGGCUGAGAAUGCAGGCGAAUUUCAGGCGGCUUUUUUUUUUAAAUGUAUGGACACCUAG